AUGGCCAUGACGCAGAAGCUCCCGUUCGACAUCCUCUACGAGAUCUCCAAGCACCUCCCCUACCAAGACCAAGCCAGCCUCGACCGCGCCGACCGGGACCUCCACGAGGUCCUCACCCCGCGCCUCCUCCCCAACGCCCUCUCCGACACGGACUGGAACAAAGCCCGUCGGCCCCUAGACCACGCCAUCACGUACGGUAAGAUUCCCCUGAUGGCGUCCAUCUUUGACCUGAUGAAGGACACCGACCGCUGCACGGUGGCGAACUGGCAGCGGCGCUGCGCGGAACGGACCUGGGACUGGAUCCGGCACCCCGACUUCGACGUCAGCCUCUCGCCCGACAUAGCCGUCCUGCUGCAGAUGGCCGCAGCGACCAACAGCGACAGUCUAGCCUACCUGAUGCAAAAGGCGGACCUCGAGGGUAACGGGAUGACGUUCGACUAUGUCUUCCCCGAGUGGCACCGCUGGGUGUGGAUUCCCGCCUCCGCCCAGAAGAAGACUGAGUCGAUCCUAGGCCGUGUCGUCUCAGAGCACGACGUGAGUAUCUUCCGCCAGUACACCGAGGGGGACUCGCGCCACCGGAAGCUGCUGCUCUGGGUGCGGCGACAGGCCAUGAACGAGGUGUUCCAGAAAUACGAGUUUGAGGUCCCGGUGACUAUCGUGUAUAACAUGAACUUCUGGACCCUGGUGACGCCGGAGGCGUUCCGGAGCUUGGUGUGGAAGAAGAAUCACCAGCGGGUUACCUGCGAGGGCAUGUAUGCUUGGCUUUCGCUUUCGCGCGUUUGUGCUGUUACUAAUCGGGUGUUUCUUGAUGCCCUUCGGGACUUGGGCGCGAGCGUCGAGUUUGUUGGGGCUUUGGAGCGGCUUUGUCCUACGGACCCGUCUCUGCUGGAGGCUGAGGCGAGUGAAAUAAAAAAACAUACAUUGGUGGGGAUGGCGUCGAGAGAUGAGCUGCCAGACAUCCCGGACGAGGGGCCAAUGUGGCCAAUGUCCAUCGACGAAUUGCCGUACUAG